UGAAACCAUCGGAAUGCGACAAUUGAUCUUCUAAGAGAUUUACAGUUCUGUUUCGGAUUAAGUUAUUUAUAACUCGUUCUGUCAUAAAUGUGCCUUUGGGUAAAUACGGCGUGUGCACUAACCGCAGCUCUUUAUCGAUUUGAAACGCUGCGGAAAUAACUUCUUGAUCUCACUUUGGGGAGUCUUCUCACAGAGCGAGGCUGCCUGGAUAAUUUGUUCCUCGUUUGUUCUCAUGCGUGACUGUGAAAUGAUAUCAAUUGGAUUGUAUCGCGUUGGAUAGACGUUCUGGUCUGAUGCCCGGCUGCCGCCAUGUUCACCAAGAAGAAGAAGCCCCGCGUCCAGAUUUCGGCACCUUCCAACUUCGAGCACCGCGUGCACACAGACUUUGACGAGCAGGAACAGAAGUUUGUGGGGCUGCCACGGCAAUGGCAGUCACUGAUCGAGGACACGGCCAAGAGGCCCAAGCCCUUCAUCGACGUCACCGUCAUCACCACGGUGGAGCCCCGCAAGACCAUAGUGCGGGGUAGUAAGAUCGCUGUGGACGGCUCGCUGACAUGGCUGCUGGAUGAGUUUGACACCAUGUCGGUGACCCGCUCCAACUCCCUGAGGCGGGGCAGCCCCCCUAUCCAGCCCCGCAGAGACUCUGGAUCCUCGGGGGGAGGAGGCCAUGAGAACGGGGACCUGGCCCACCGGACACACCACCACCCAGAUCACUAUGGAGACAGAGAUAGGGAGCGGCCCAGGACGGACCAGUUAGCUGGUGGAGACCCCCGGCAGACCCAACGGGUACCCCGCUCUCAGAGAGAGGACGGCCGGCCACAGCAGCAGCCCCGGGGCCAGGAGCCAGGCAGCAGGCACCGAGAGAGGGAGCGGCCCUGCCCACCCCCUCCCCCGCCAAAGCCCAGAGACAUGGACCCACGGGACCACCACGACCAGGUAGUCCGCAGGGAUGGGCCCAGCGACAAGGGGCCCAGCGACAAGAGGCCCAAGUCCAGCUACACAGGCAGGGACAGCAGCCCCCAAUCGCCCCGGGAUAAGAGGCCUCUCUCGGGGCCCAACAUCCGUAUGCCUAACCUCCCUGUAACAGAGGGGGUGAUAAAGACAGCACAGCAGAGCAGCAGGCCGUUCAACACCUACCCUCGUGCUGACAGUGAAGGAGGAAGAAGCCCCACCAGCCAGGAGCUGAAGCCAGCCCGACCACACGAAACACCGUGCCACAACGGUCCCUCUAGUGGCCGCAGCGGGGGCAAAGCCCCACAGCAGGGCCAGCUACGAGGGGACCCCCACCACACCUCCCACCCUGUCCUGGGCCCUGAGCCCCCCCACGGCUACCAGCAGCUGAAGGCUCCCGUUCCCCGCCCCCCGGCCCCUGCCCUACCACCACAGCAGGCCCUCUCAACCCAGAGGGAGCCCCAGCGGGUGUCCCAUGAGCAGUUCCGCGCCGCGCUGCAGAUGGUGGUGGACCCGGGUGACCCGCGCACCUACCUGGACCACUACAUCAAGAUCGGAGAGGGCUCCACCGGCAUUGUGUGCAUUGCCACCGUCAAGAGCACCGGCAAACUGGUGGCUGUUAAGAAGAUGGACCUGCGCAAGCAGCAGCGCCGGGAGCUGCUAUUCAAUGAGGUGGUGAUAAUGCGGGACUAUCACCAUGACAACGUGGUGGAGAUGUACAACAGCUACCUGGUGGGAGAUGAACUCUGGGUCGUCAUGGAAUUCCUGGAGGGAGGGGCUUUGACUGACAUCGUCACACACACCAGGAUGAAUGAGGAGCAGAUAGCCACAGUGUGCCUGUCUGUGCUGAAGGCUCUGUCAGUUCUGCACACCCAGGGCGUCAUCCACAGGGACAUCAAGAGUGACUCCAUCCUUCUCACCCACGAUGGCAGAGUGAAGCUGUCAGACUUUGGCUUCUGCGCCCAGGUGUCUAAAGAGGUCCAGCGGCGCAAGUCCCUGGUAGGCACACCCUACUGGAUGGCCCCAGAGCUCAUCUCACGACUACCCUAUGGGCCUGAGGUGGACAUCUGGUCCUUGGGGGUGAUGGUGAUUGAGAUGGUGGACGGAGAACCCCCCUAUUUCAAUGAGCCCCCCCUCAAAGCUAUGAAGAUGAUCCGUGACAACCUACCACCCAAACUCAAGAACUUACACAAGGUUUCUCCUCUCCUCAAGGGCUUCCUGGACAAAUUGCUGGUGCGAGACCCUACCCAGAGGGCCUCAGCCAAUGAGCUGCUCAAGCACCCCUUCCUGAGCAAGGCUGGCCCGCCCUCCUGCAUCGUGCCUCUCAUGAGGCAGAACCGCAUGAGAUGAGUGAGCAGAGGCCUCUUCCCCACUAAGUGGUAGUAAUCACAUUGACCCUGAACCCCAAGCUCACACCUCGGACUCGCACUGAUCUGGAGCAGGGGGGGGGGUGGGGCAGCGGAGAAGCACUGCCCAGUUCGUAUUAGCAUUUUUGUUGGUCAAGCAUUGUUUUAACGCACCUUUUGAAAUGAAAAGGAACUCUGUCUGUCCCUUUUUUCCUGUGGAGGAAAAACAUUUGGACACUACAAGGAUUUAUAGCUUGAGUGGUUUGGUGCAGAAUGAGGCUUGGAAAGUGUUGUGGGAUCAUUAGACCCUAAGCUACCUGCUGGGGAGACUCACAAAAAGAACUGUUAGCAUCCUAGCUGAAUGGUCUGAAAAGCAUUCUUCCACACUACAGGACUUCCUCACUACAUGGCCCAGUCUCAACUCUAUUGCAAUAGCCAGGACAUCAUAAACUACUACUGAAGGAGGACCAUGCUUUUCUCUUACCACACGAUGAGUACAAGUCUGAAAAACACUUGGUCCCUGUUACAAACACUAAGAAAAGGUAAACACUGGAGUUGUGUUUUUUAGAUAUGUUUUCUUUAUAUUUCUUGUGUAAGUAUGAUGAACAUAUCUGCUUUGUUUUCUCUGUUUUGUGAUUUUUGUUUAGGUUACAGUGAGAUGAUUUAAAGCACUACUCCGAUAGAAGCUGCACUCCUGGUUGAUUCCAAUAUCGUCUAGUUCUUUAAAUCAUUUUUUUAUUACAAGAUGAAUCGUUUCGUUUUUUUAAUUUACCUGUGUUUACUAGAAUAUCAUGGUGAAGUGAACAUCAAGGCAGGUUUAGCUGUUAUUUUUACUUUAGGGAUUUAGCUGUGUAGAUUGUGCUCUCUGUAACCCUUCGAUCCGCUGCUGUAGACCUUAACUGUUAGUCUAUAGUAGUGACUACUAGGUCAAUGUAAGGACAACCCUUAUGAAGCACCCCUUCCACCAUACACGUGUGUGUGUGUAUAUACAGGAAUUCUCCAGAUCGGUUAAAUAUAUUUUUAUUUUUUUCCUAAAGAUGCAUUUCUUUAUUGCUUGACCUGGCUGACCUGGACAAUGGGUCUGGACUAUAUGAAUGUAGUGCUGAGCCACAAACAAGCUCUGCAUUUAAAGAUGGAAUCUGCAGUAGGGUGAAACGGCGCCACUGACCGCCCCCACCACUGUUGUCAUUUGUUUUUGUUGCCGAGCUAAGGAGCGUCGCGCAGCAUUAAAAAAGAUAUAUACAAAAAAAUAGCAGUACAUAUUGUGCUCUUCUAUCGUGCGUGAAAAGAUGUCCGAGUGGGAAAAAAACAGUUUGCAGUUACUUUGUUGAAGGUAAUAUCGCAAACGGACGUGGCUGUUUCACCAUUAAGGAUUCCAGAUUUAAGGGCUUAUUACAUCAAGAAACGGACACACAAGGUGAAAAUCCAUGUUUAGCUUAAUGAAGUGUGCAACAGAUGCUAGAACUGAACUAUUGUGUCCGCAAUGUAGCAACGGCAGAAAACACAGAUGCAAACACAAGUAGUAAACACUCACCGCAAUUACCCACACACACACACACACACACACACACACACACACACACACACACACACACACACACACACACACACACUUCAUGCAGGGCCCAACAAAAGUCUGUGAUGCGAGUGGAAUCACGAAUUCAGACCUUAAAACGGAAUUCAACAAUAUUCAAAAAUAGGAAAUCAACUAAAUGUAUUAGAAAAUGUAUUUUGCCAAGAUUAUCAUAAGACAUAAAAUUGCAUUAGUGAUUUGUAUUUUCCUUAAACUCCCUGAAGCAAAGGCAUGGGAAUUCCCCUGUCUGUGUGCAAGGUUGUCUGCCACUUUGUGUAGCCGUUAGCAAUGAUGCUAAUGAUAACCGUCUUCUGGUAGGUGGAGAUACUUAAAAAAAUUUUUUGGGACAAACUGCAUUCACAUGUUUCCCACAGAAACACAGAUAACCAAACAAGUCUCUUGGCUGGUGCACGCUUGAAUUAAAGGGUAUCUACACCCAAAAAUAGAAAUGUCUUAGAUUUUCCCCAGACCUCAAAAGUGCUCACCUGGUGUGUUUUAAGCAUUGUUGUGAACUUAGAACAUUAAAUGUUGUUUUUCUAUUUAAAAAGUGUGAUCCUGGAAAAACAAAACAGAUAUUAUAGGGCCCUAUUCAUUGUUACUCCCCAUUUUUUUUUUUCUCUCUGAGCUUCCCCCUCCAAUUCUAGAGUAGCAAGACCAAGUCGCACAUGUACCAUAGAGAGCAUCCAAAGACCACGAGGCCUUAGUGCACAGCAAAGAGUAGCCAAUGUGUCUGUUCUGAGUUUCAGUGGGGAAAUCAGAACAACUGUCCAUAAGUAGACACUAACACUACAUUGUGAAGUAUUGUAUUUAGAUACAGAAUUGAAGUGUCAUAGCAGAGGUUAGUGUACUGUUUUAACAUUCUGUCUCAAAUGUACUUGCUUGUAGCAAAUUGGAGUAUUUAAUAUAGAUUUAACUAAUUGUUUUACAUGAUUUUAUUAAUCUCUCACUUAAUCCAUUUCAGUACUUUUUACUGCUGCUCAAAAGGUAGUCUGGUUGAAUUUAAAUGUGAGACAAUAUUCCAUAUUUCCAAAAGACAAGUGGAAGUCUGUUAAAAGUGACACGAUGGUUGGCAUGCCUGAAUAAUAUGUGAUCUGUCUGUUCCCUGUGUAAAAAAGAAUGUUCUUCCAGUUUAGUUUAGCAAAACUGAGUGAAAAGAUGGGCUGAAAGAAUGACAAUCAAAGUUAGUAGGAGUAAAUAACUGUCUGCUUUUGCAACAAUAUUCUAAACUGAUCGCUUUUCAUUGCUCACAAAGUUUUGUAACUAUAAUUGUGUAGCAUUUUGACAACAAACUCAUUUUCUAAAGAAAUCCUAUUUUGAUACUCAUUAAAUCCAUAUUUAUGUAUGUAUAUUUCUAACUUAACUAAUAAGUACCAUGAAGUGAUGGCACACACUUGGCAUUUUGUGUUUUUGAUUAAAUACUGUAUAACGAUGAAUGCAAAAAAAUCUAUAGACUUAUCAUUCCUCAAACUACAGGAUUGAAGCAUCCCAUUAACCCCCACAUGUUACAUAGGACUUCAAUCGCCAUUGGUUUCACUCACUUCUACCACAGUUUUCAGUGGCUGGUAUGAAACCAAUCACGUAUAUUUCUCAGUUGGUAUUUGACAUUCCUGUAGCUUCUACUUAAAUGAAUGGCUGUCAAGGUUAGAAUGGCUUAACAUGGUUUUAUCGUUUUUUGUGUGUGUUAAUGCCUUAACGUUCAGAAGAGUAACAUGAUUUAAUAUGAUUCCCUUUCUUUACAAUUACUGUUAAUUGCAAAUAUACAUUAUGAUAUUACUCAUCUCCAGGAGUCUAGUGCCUCAGCGUAAACUUAUCGUUGUUCUCGCUGGUUUGUGUUUGUUGAGGAUGCUCAAAUUCCAAUUAGGAGCUGUGACGACUACUGACUGGCCUACUUGGUAAUAUAUUUAUGUGUGAAUUUCUCCAACUUGUCUGUAUGAUCAUUUUUCACACUUGUACGCUAAAUCAUUUAUGCAUCAGUAUUGUCAAGUUUGUCAUAGUUGACCAUUUUUCUGAAGAGUCCAAACCCCCCUGGAUUUUUGAAUUUCCACUGGUUAUUAAAAAAAUAAACAUUGCAGAUUUUCGAUAUUUUUUGCAAAUACAGUUU